AUGGCCCCUGAUGAUCUGUCUCUCAUGCCAGCCACCAUAGUGCCCAAGGAUAAGUUUUUCUACAGCUUUGUGAGGCCCUGGCUGGGGGAUGUGCUCCUGCUGACUGCUGGUGACAAGUGGAGCCACCACCGUCGUUUGCUGACACCUGCCUUCCACUUUGAAAUCUUGAAAUCCUAUGUGAAGAUUAUCAACAAAAGUGCAGACAUCAUGCAUGCCAAGUGGAAGUGCCUAGUCUCAGAGGGCAGCACCCGAUUGGACAUGUUUGAGCACUUCAGCCUCAUGAACCUGGACAGUCUGCAGAAAUGUGUCUUCAGUUUUGACAGCAAUUGCCAGGAGAGCCCCAGUGAAUAUAUUGCUGCCAUCUUGGAGCUCAGCGCCCUUGUGGUGAAACGGCAGAGGCAGAUCUUCCUGCACCCGGACUUGCUGUACUACCUCACCCCUGAUGGGCGGCGCUUCCGCAGGGCUUGUGACCUGGUGCACAACUUCACAGAUGCCAUCAUCCAGGAGCCUCACUGCUCCCUCAAUACUGAGGGCUCCCAUGACUUCCUCAAGGCCAAGGCUAAGGCCAAGACUUUGGACUUCAUUGAUGUGCUCCUGCUGGCCAAGGAUGAAGAUGGGAAGGAACUGUCCCAUGAGGAUAUCCGAGCUGAAGCUGACACCUUCAUGUUUGGGGGCCAUGACACCACGGCCAGUGGUCUCUCCUGGGUCCUGUACAACCUUGCGAAGCACCCAGAGUAUCAGGAGCGCUGUCGGCAGGAGGUGCAAGAGCUCCUGAGGGAUCGUGAGCCUAAAGAGAUUGAAUGGUGA